AUGAGACCCACACCCAUGCCAGCCCGCAAGGUGCUCUUUCAGCAGGAGCGGACAGGCCUGACAUACCGCGUCCCUGCACUGCUUCCUGUGCCCCCUGGGCCCACCCUGCUGGCUUUCGCUGAGCAACGGCUCAGCCCAGACGACUCCCAUGCCCACCGCCUGGUACUGAGGAGGGGCACGCGGGCAGGGAGCUUGGUGCAGUGGGGGCCCCUGUGCGUGCUGGACACGGCCACCCUGCCUGGCCACCGCUCCAUGAAUCCCUGCCCUGUGCGUGAUGCCAGCACCGGUACCAUCUUCCUCUUCUUCAUUGCUGUGCGUGGUCGCACUCCUGAAGCCCUGCAGAUACGCACGGGCAAGAAUGCCGCCCGCCUCUGCUGCGUGGUCAGCCGUGAUGCUGGCCUUACGUGGGGAGGUGCCUGGGACCUCACCAAGCAGGCCAUAGGUGACGCCGAGCAGGGCUGGGCCACCUUCGCCGUGGGCCCAGGUCAUGGUGUACAGCUGAGCUCUGGCCGCCUGCUGGUGCCUGCAUAUACCUACCGUGUGGAUGGCCGUGAGUGCUUCGGGCACAUCUGUCGUACCAGCCCCCAUGCCUUCGCCUUCUUCAGUGAUGACCAUGGCCACACCUGGCACUGCAGUAGCCUCGUGCCCAACCUGCGCUCGGGCGAAUGCCAGCUGGCGGCGCUGGGUGGAGGCCUGCUUUAUUGCAAUGCCCGCAGUCCUCUGGGCCAUCGCCUGCAGGCCCUGAGUACCGAUGAGGGCAGCACCUUUCUAGCCGGCCAGCUGGUGCCUAGCUUGCCUGAGACUGCCCGGGGAUGCCAGGGUAGCAUCCUAGGCUUCCCAGCCCCGUCCCCUGGCAGGAGUGCUCCUGAUGAGCCAGAGUCCCCAGAAGAUGAGGAAACUCCUGGUGGGGACCUCUCCUGGCUGCUGUAUUCUCACCCCACGGGGCACAGGGCGCGUCUGCACAUGGGCAUUCGCCUGAGCCGCUCACCACCAGAUCCCCGCAGCUGGACGAAGCCCUGGGUUAUCUAUGAGGGCCCAAGUGGCUACUCUGACCUGGCCUGCCUCGGGCCAGUCCCCAGAGGCACACUGGGCUUUGCCUGUCUGUUUGAGAGUGGGGCCAGAGCCUCCUAUGAGGAGGUCUCCUUUUGUGAGUUCUCACUGCAUGAUGUCCUGGAUAAUGUGCCUCCUGGCCAUGUGGACAAGGCAGCCGGGCACUGCUGGCCUUGCUGA